AUUGUAUAGUACUAUAGUAUAGUAUAGAUAUAAUAAUAAUAUAAUGAGAAUUUGAGCUUCUAUUACUAAUAUGGAGACAUAAUUAAAACUAAAAUAUUAUUUCACAUAAAGAUAUAUUGGUAACUUAUAGUUGAAUUUUUCAAUAUUUAUUAUUAUUUUUUUAUGUAUAUAUAUAUAACAUUUUUAUGGAAGAAAAGAAGACUCAAAAUCCAUUAUAGUUUCCUCCAUUAAUGGCUACUCAAACCUCUUCUUCUUCAUCUCUGCCACUUCUAGACAGAGUUGCCAUAGUCACCGGAGCCUCUCGAGGAAUCGGCCGAGGCAUAGCUCUCCAUCUAGCCUCACUCGGAGCUCGUCUAGUCAUCAAUUACACCUCCAACUCUGCUCAAGCUGAUCUCCUAGUCUCCGAGAUCAACGCCACCUCAGCCUCCGCCGCUCGAGCCGUCGCGGUCCGAGCCGACGUGUCCGAUCCCGAUCAAGUGAAAUUGCUCUUCGAUUCGGCUGAGAAGUUGUUUAAUGUCCAAGCUCAUAUUCUGGUCAACUCCGCUGGAGUACUCGAUCCGAACUACCCUCACAUUUCAAACACUUCUGUUGAAGAUUUCGAUCGCAUUUUCAGCGUGAAUACAAGAGGGGCUUUCUUGUGCCUAAGAGAGGCAGCAAAUAGGUUGAAGCGAGGGGGCGGGGGUCGGGUCAUAUCGAUAUCUACGUCGCUGGUGGGUGCUCUGAGGCCAGGUUAUGGCGGUUACACAGCGUCGAAGGCAGCCGUGGAGACAAUGAUCAAGAUACUUGCGAAGGAACUGAAGGGGACUGGGAUCACAGCCAACUGCGUGGCACCGGGGCCAAUCGCGACAGAGUUGUUCUUUUCGGGGAAGAGUGAAGGUGUGAUUCAGAAAAUUGUGGAUGAGUGUCCCAUGGGAAGGCUUGGAGAGGUUAAGGAUGUGGCCUCUGUGGUGGGAUUCUUGGCUGGUGAUGGGAGUGAGUGGGUUAAUGGGCAGGUCAUUCGUGCUAAUGGGGGAUUUGUUUAGGAUCAAAUCUCAUGAAAACAUACCAAUUUUCUAAGAUUUUGAUCUUCAUUUUAUUAUAUCAUAAUAAUAAGCAUUAGAGUUGUAAAAUCAUUGAAAAUGUGAAAUAAAAUCAAUGGAGUUAGUGUUGGUAUA